UCACUAAUCACAUUUUGGAUUGGCCUACACAUAAAGGGUGUCUCAAGUCAGAACCAAAAACAAUGGCAAAAUUUCUAUGCUCUGGCAUUUUUGUGCCACAGCUACUACUGCUAUACGUCUUUGUUGAAGAAUUCACCUUGCUUCACAUUAAUAAUGCCAUUCUCAGGGUCAAUCUCCACCGGUUUUUCUUUUCAUCUUCUUGUGAACCAGUUUCUGUUGUGUGCUGCAAUGUUGCUUGAUUUGGAGCCCUUGUGAUUUGAACUUUCCAGACAUCUAGAUCGAACGGUAGCUGAAAGUUUGGAUUGAAAUUGCAGGAUGCAGCUUUGAUUUCUGGCGACACGAAAUAGGCCUUACUCGAAUCGGAUUCAAGGGUAGAUCUGGCAGCUUGGAGUUAUGUCUGCUUAUGGCCAUCAAAUGGAGGAGAACUAUUCUGCAAGGAGUCUCUCUGGUGGUUCUGAGAUGAGGAGCAGUUAUGUGCUGGAAUCAGGAUUCUACAUCACUUCUUUCGCAGCAACCAUCUUGAUUACCUCGCUCGCCACUAUAGGCCUCCUAAUGAUUACUAUGCUGGUUGCUCUGGCAAUGAUGCUGCAGUCUUGUCAGAGUAGAGGUUCUGGAGUUAUAGAGCUUCAAAGUGUGAAUGAUGAUUACAGCUAUUGCAAGGUUCAUUCUCUGCACACCGAGCUCAAUAGCUUAGAAGGACAUAAUCUUCCUAGCAUCUGCAAGGACCUGGCCAUAGAAUAUGUCAAAGGAGGCCGAUACGCUCGCGACUUAGACUCAACCAAGUCUCUGAUUGAGGUCUACUUUGACAAGGUUAAACCAUCAGAUGAUGGAGUUGGUGUAGUGCUAAUAGACAUAGAUGGCAUUUUCCCUCUGAAUCCUAAUUCAUCCAAUCUAUAUCAGAGGUUUCAUGAUAACAGCAUUGUCAAUUGUAUGUUAGAGUUGCAAAAUUUAAAAAGCAAUCUUGUUCUAGGAUUAUGCAAGAAGCUUCAAGCUGCUGGAUGGCCUAUAGUUUUGCUAUCAAGGGGGAACGGAUCAGAUAGAAAUGUCACUGUUGAUAAUCUUGGCAAAGCCGGAUUCGGAAGUUGUUGGUCUUCCUUGAUGAUGAGAGAUGAAGAUGAAGAUUAUUCCAACAAAGAAAAUGAAUGGAUUUCUAGGAAAAAGAAUGUGAUAAGGAAUAAGGGUUUCGUUAUAAAAGGGAUCAUAAGCAGCCAUAUGGAUGCAUUAAUUGCUGCAGAUACAGGAGUGCGUAAUUUUUUGCUUCCUGAUCCUAUAUGCGACAAAUUUGAGCAACAAAGAAAACCAUCAUAGUCCAUAGAUCAUAGAUGAUGGAGAUUAGUGUGUUAGUCUUGUAUUUUUAUUUUUUCUCCUCCAAAUAUUUGCUUCUAGGAUAAUAGGAUGUAUAUUACUUUUUUUAAACAAAAGUGGCUUCUACUCAAUAUGCCAUACAUAUUAUGAUUGUGGUAAUAUGCACAUGCAUGUUCUGCUUUUAGAAGGGAAUAAUUGAAGGUUUUUUGAACACCAAGAAAGAGUUUCUUCACUAAAAACGGAAUUAUGAUUGUUAAGAGGAAAAUGGAAGGUGGAGAAAAAGAUGCUGGAUUAGUACCAAGUGGCCAACAGUGGCAUAUAUUGGCUAUGGGCACAUGGGAAAUUAAACAAAGUUCCACUUGUAACCAUUCUUCACCAAUGGAUGGACAUGCAUGUUUUCAUUUAUUUCAAACAAAACACACCCUACGAUCCAUCA